AUGCCUAUUGUAUACAACUUCGUAGAUCACGUACAACAACAAACCAAGCGAGAUCUCCAGUUCUGUAAGUCAUCAGCAAGAGACAUCAUGACGGAGAUCACUCACAAAAAGCCUGCAUCUUUUGCGUCAAUCGCAGCUAACGCUACCGCUGCAAGGACAAAGAGGCAGGCUGGCUCUUGCGCCUCAUGCUGCAAACCUGGCCAUCCUGGACGCCCUGGACUGCCAGGCAGAAAUGGAAAACCUGGAAUUCCUGGAGCACCAGGUCGACCAGGUGCACCUGGACGACCGCCAAUCGUAUGCGAGGAACUUGACAUUCCUCCAUGUAAUCCGUGUCCACCAGGGCCACCUGGACCACCAGGACCAAAUGGACCUCCUGGAAGUCCAGGAAGGGCUGGAAGUCCUGGUCGACCUGGUAAUCCAGGACCUCCUGGAGCACCUGGACCGAACGGACCAGCUGGACAACCCGGAACAGCCCGAUCAUGUAGGAGAGAAAGGGAGAACUUGGACAGCCCGCUACAGAGCACAAGCCAUCCCCGAGAUCCGGCCGGCCGGGGAGAGCAGAAAGUGAAGUCUGUUGUGAUUUUCUAUGAAUUCACAUUUCAAGAUCUCCUGUUCCGCGGACCCGGACGGGUCAAAGCCGGUCCGAUGGGACAAGCUGGACAGGCGGACCCCUGGACUCUGGAGAUCCCUGGACCUGCUGGACCCGCCGAUAACGCCUAG